AUGUCUUCCAAUUUCUAUCUUGAAGGUACCCCAGAUGAAGUCAAGAAUGCAAAGGGACUUCAUCUUGUAACAAUGUCAACUCCCAAUGGCAAAAAAGUUCAGAUUAUGCUCGAGGAGUUGAAGGCGGCAUAUGGCACCGAAUACACUCACUCUCUCAUUCAUAUCUCAACUAAUGAGCAAAAGAAAGACUGGUUUUUGAAGUUGAACCCGAAUGGUCGAAUUCCUAUCUUGAUCGAUAACACUAAGACUCCUCCAUUUCCUGUUAUGGAGACCAGUGCAGAACUACUUUAUCUCUUGAAAGAGUUCGAUAGCAAGGAUAUGUUUGGGUUCAAGGACGAGUUGGAGAGAAAUGAGUGCCUUCAAUGGCUGUUCUUCUGGCAUGGUAGCGGUGCCCCGUAUCAAGGCCAAACGAACUACUUUUCCAAGAUUGCAAGCGCGAAGAAUCCAGAAGCUCUAGAGAGAUUCAAGAACGAGACCCUGCGCGUUUUUGGGGUGCUCGAGAUUCGCUUGUCAGGCAAAUAUACUGGUGAGCCUCGUGAGUACUUGGCUGGCAAUGGGAAAGGAAAAUAUUCCGUUGCUGAUAUUGGAACUUGGCCAUGGGUAAGUGGAUGGGACUUCUCUGGUGCAAUCUCAAAGGAAGAUAUGAAUGCAUUCCCGCAUGUAUUGAAGUGGAUUGAUAGAAUUGCUGAGCGACCCGCCGUUCAAAGUGGAACUGCCAAAAGAUGGCAAAAUUGGUGA